UGUUGUUCGUUCUUCAUUCAAAUCGAGAAUCAUGACCACCGCAGAUCGACGAUCACCAUCCCGUACAUGCCGAACUCAGCCGCGACCCAACGCCGACCAGUCAGCCAACCUCUGCGACCAGGAAGCAAACAAUUGGGCUCACAAUCCUGUCCAUCUUCUACCCCCAAUAAAAAGCACAAAUCAUCUACAGCCUACGGCCAGCCUCUCUUUCUCUCCUCCUCCGCUACUAAAUUCAAGAACAACCGCACUUCAUCAAACAGCUGGUGUACGGUGACUCCCGAUCAACAGAUCAAAAGGAGAAUCAAUUUAGACCUCAACCUAGGUUGUCUUGGAUGUUGUUCUAAGCCGCCACUUGUAAUUUCUGUGGACGAGCCAUCUAAGAGGCUCAAAUUUCAAGGCCAGCGCGUGAAAAAACGUAGUUUAACAGAGGAUUUUUGGAGCCACACUUCAGGGGAUAUGGAUAACAGAUCUUUCCCGUCUCACAGAAGCAUCUCGUCAAUCAGUACUUCAAAUCAAACCAUAGAUAGUCAGAGUAAUGCUGAUGGACCAAGCAACCCGUCUGAAUUCACAAGACAACAGUGGAUUGGAGUUAAAGGAUCUCAAAAGAACAAACAAACACGAGAACCCAAGCUGAGUUGGAAUGCGACUUAUGAGAAUUUGCUUGGGACCAACAAAUCAUUCCCACAGCCAAUCCCAUUAGCGGAAAUGGUGGAUUUUCUUGUGGAUGUCUGGGAGCAAGAGGGACUCUACGAUUGACUUUUGAGAGCAUAAGAUUUUGCUGCCAUUAUUUGCUGUACGUUAGCAACUCGUCGGCUGAUUUGUUUCCAUUAUUAGCGAAUUUGUAAUUAGAUUGUGUUAUGUCGCCUGUUUCUGCAUUUGUGCUUCGUGUGCUGCAUGUAGCUGAUAUCGGACACUAAGUGGAGCAUAAAUCACCGAGAAAUUUAGAACUUCUGUUCUAUCGACUUAUUUCAAUGUUCCCAUUUUUUUCUUAUCAGUUUCUAUGAUACAUGUAAACUAUAUCAUGCUACAAAAGUGCUUGUGUCCAUGAAGAACUGCUUAUAAUAUGAAGCCUUUUGCUACUUACCCUGAAAAACCGAGAUGGC